AUGCAAGAAGGUAUAAACAUUGAUGAAACAGUGGCAGAUUACAUUCAGGAGCAUAACUGGAAUAGUGAUAAACUUUUAAGGAUUCUGGACUCAACUGUGGUGAACCAGAUACAAGGUAUCCCGAUUCCUGUUUCCGAUCAGGAAGAUGAGUGCAUUUGGGGCGGCCCAUCUGACAAUGGUAAAUUUACGGUAAAAUCUGCUACAUGGCUACAACUACCUGAAGCAAAUAAUCAUAGCAGCUUAGAAUUACUAAAGAAGCUCUGGAAGCUUAAUGUUCCCCCCAAAAUUCAACUUUUUGGCUGGCUGCUCUUCAGAGGAAGGCUUAAGACAAGGGAUCGACUUUCCAGGUUUGGAUAUGUCGAGGACAAUUCUUGUCCGAUGUGUGACAAUGAUAAUGAAACAGCGGACCAUUUGUUUGGAUGCUGUGAGUUUACAAAAGAAGUUUGGAGGCUAUCCAACCUUGAUGCUCUGCCUUGGAAUGAAGCUAGGAAUGAUGCUAUUUUCCGUGGAGUCAUCUCUUGCCCCAGAUCCAUUGUCGCAGCUGCUGCGGCAUUUCAAAACACUGACAUUCAGGAAGUUCGGUCUUCAGGUGGAGGUCCUCCGCAAAACUCUCUCCACACCAUCGUCUGGCAGCCUCCACCGCCAAAAGCUAUGAAAAUCAAUUUUGACGGGUCAGGACAAGAUUCAUCUACGACAGAGGAAUUUGUAAUCCGGAAUAAGGAAGGUAUACCUCUGUUUGCGGCUGCUAAAGGCUUUGGCAAAACUACGGUGCCAGUGGCUGAAGCUACUGCUCUAAGAAAUAGCCUGGAUUGGGCCUUGCGAUUGAAUUAUCUGAACGUUCAGGUUGAAGGAGACUCCAAGGUGGUUAUUGAUGCUGUCCUGGGAAGAACACACCCCUCUUGGAGGAUCGCUAAAAUUAUUCAAGACAUUAGACAUCUAGCUUCUAGAUUUACCACAAUUACCUUUAGACAUAUCUAUCGAAAGGCGAAUUUUGUUGCCGACUCUAUUGCUCACCUUGGGCACUCCUCUAUUGACGGGUUUUCUAGACGAACACUGUUCCUAGGAAUGCUUCUAAUGCCCUAUUGUUUGAUGUUGUAA